UGGGUGCUCUAAAGUGAGCGGUAGAACUAUCUCGGCGGCGUCCAAAUGUCCACAGCUCAGAGUUGCAAAUUUUAACUAUACCUCCGCAACUCCAGCUUCACUGGCCGAGUUGCUCGUGGCAUGCCCAGAGUUAGAGGUGCUCAAGCUCGCAAAGAUAUCCAACUGGGUUCGUCUUUGGUCUACCUAGUUUCAUUCAGCUAUAUAGCUGAACCUCUUCAGACGGAUACAACGUUCUCAAAGUUCUUGUCGGGUGUGGAUGAAGAUUUCAGGCAUGUAAACCUUCGCAAUCUAAAGCUCCGCCAAACUGCAGUCUCCGACCAUUCUAUGGUGGCUCUUACAACUAUAUUUCCGAACCUAAGACGACUGGAUGUCUCCUUCACUGGGAUUCGCAAGCCCUCCUUAUGGGUGAAGCAAGCUCCCUAUCUGGAAAAGUUGUGUUUGACGUCUACCGCGAUAUCUUCCGCAGAGUUGUGUGUUACAAUUCAUAGCCUUCCCCGAUUGAAAAUCCUGGCGAUAGGAGCGCUGGGCGUUGGCACAAGCCCGAAUACGACAAUUAAUAAUACCUCGUCGAUGACGUUACACGACGACGAUUUGGCACUCGUCACUGACUUGCUGGCUGAACAUGGAAGGCUAGAAUCACUGAGUCUUGUAUCCAAUACCAAGCUGAGCUUGAUGAGAAGCAGGGAAUCGCGUGCUUUGUGCCGUAUGAUAUCCCGUGUUGGCCGUAAAUGCAAAGUUCGUGCUUUUCUUUUUCUUGUGGCCACCCAAUGCUGAUAUCACUUUUGUUAUAGUAUCUCAACCUGUCAAGCAUGCCAUCUUUGCGAUCUUCAGACCUGGCCGGUUUAAUGCCUACGUUUGAAGACGACGAGCCUUGUGCUCUCCAAACCUUGAUGCUAAAUAACACCGGCGUGGAUGACGAGGUGGCGCCCUUCAUUUCAUGUUGUCCGGAACUUGCGACAUUGGAACUUGCAGGGACGAAAAUAACCAGUAAGUGUCAUUGGCGAUAGUUGCCACUAACGGAUUGAAACUGCGUGUAGAUGAUGGUCUGUUUCCAAUUAUCGAUGCCUGUCCAAAGCUUGUGAAUCUAGAUCUCACAAGUUGUCGAGGGGUAAAUGUAGUUGAUCGUCGACGCCUUU